GCCUUAUCCAGACGACCUCCUCGUGGUACUCUCGGAGGUGGUAACAGUUCGCACUGGCUGCAUAUUUCACUCCUUUUGUCUGUAUCCCAUGUCUUGCCGGAGAUCUUGAAGAGUGGCACUUUCCGGCUUGGAACUCUAUCGAAUCUUUAAAGUGGCUCCGCAACGAAGUCAUGAAGUUACCCCGUCAUACUAACCACCGACGGUGAAGCCCUCUUUGUUCGCAUCCUUGUCUGGGUUUUUUGACACCACCUCUGAUCAAACCCAUUUCUCUCUCAUCUGAAAAUUCAUCAUGAGUUUUCUCGAUUCUGUUCUCUCGUCCAUCGAGACGGGCAAACCGUCCCCAAUCCCCCAAGUCUCCUCCACCGUAUCGCCACCUGUCACUUCCUCCACUGUCAGAACCGAAGUACGCAAGACCAGUCUUGGACCACGGAAUGUUCCCCCAACAACAGAACGGAAACCCCUCUCGCAGGGGAUAAAGCGCAAAGCCGACGAGCCGCUGCCACGUUCGUCAAAAUUGGCACCUCUAGCACCUCUCAGAUCAACCGCCCCUAAGCCCACAAUCCCCGCAGCUGGAAAGGCACGUCCCAGUGCUCCCACAGCAGCCGUGGCGUCCGCCUCCACAAGUCGCUCAUCCACGCCUCAAAGAUCAGCGCAGGUGUCCUCGAAGCCACCCCCCAAAGGCUCCUUUGCAGAUCUCAUGGCCAAAGCCAAGGCGCUACAAGAAAAGACCCCCACUCAGGUGGGUAUGUUCAAGCAUCAGGCUGCUGCUAAGGAGAAGCUUAGCAAGGUAGAACGAAAGAAACGAGCGACAGAAGCUCAAACCAAAGAGAAGGAGAGUCGGUCGGCUAAAAAGCCUGGCGCCACUACCACUGCAGCUGGAAGUGCUAAACCUGGCGUUACGAAGCCUGUGAAAAAGCGGGAGCCGGAAGAGCUCUCCUACAAAGGCACUUCGCGACCUACACCCCGUCCUGUACAACCCGAAUAUCGUGGAACAGCGGGCUUGCCGGCGAAGCGGAAUCCCAGUGACCUCAGGGCCCAGUCUCGAAGCAAGCGGUCGAGAAUGGAUGAGUACUUGGGAACCGAUGAGGAAGACGAGGGUGACUAUGCCGACGACUACGAUGACUACGAUUCGGGAUCUUCCGAUAUGGAGGCUGGCUACGAUGCUAUGGAGGAGGAAGAGGCUGCUGCUCUGGCAGCAGCCAGGCGCGAGGAUGAGGAGGAAUGGAAUGCUGAACAGGCAGCCAAGCAGGCUAAAAUGGAACGCCUCAAGAAGCUCAAUGCACUGGCUGCGCGUCGAUAA